AACAGUAAUCUCUAUUUGUAAGGACUGUCUUCAGCUCAGAAAAUUAUAUUAUUCAAAAACAAAUCAUAUAUUUUAUUUUGUAUUUUCUUGGAAAAACGAAUAUAAAAUGAUAACGCUAGACCCUCAAAGCCUUCAGUGCUCAUUCAGCUGUAUUGUUGACAAAGCUGCAAUAAUUAAAUACCACAAAAUGCCCAUCGACGAGGUGCAAGUGCUUGAAAGUGAUCAAUAUAAGAAGGCUUCAAGAAAAUGGCUUUAUUGUCUGGUUAUUCUAGAGAUCUUAUUGCUCCUGACAGCAGGUUACCUUAUAUAUAAUUCUACAAAGUUUCGCAUGAUCAACCGCAAAGAGUGGGGAGCUUUGGAGCCCGUUUACAGUCGUCUUCUCGUUUUGCCAGUCCAAAAAGUAUUUAUUGAUGAGAAUCCCUUUGAAUGCAACACAACGGAAACCUGCAUUUUUUAUAUGAAAGAACUACAGCGUUAUCGUAUUGAAUCCAAAAUAUUUGCCGACACCGACAGUAAUUUUUUAUUGGUGGCGAUGGUUUGAUAUAUGAAGGAACUGGCUGGCAUAUAAAUCCUAUGCCAAU